ACUUUUGUGUCAUAGGAUAUUUCUGCGCAGCCAAUGUGCGCAGGAGCGCAUGAAGUCGAACACACCUUUUAUCAUGGCGUCGGUGACUUUUCGCGAUUGCUUUCUCUGUGUUUCGGCGUUGAUUAACUUCAUCUUCGUUUUCGUGACCUGUGCUGAUUUUGUUCGCUUUGUGUCUUUUCGCGCAAUCUUUCAUAACCUGAGCGGGGACGCGCCUCUGUGUCGAGAGUCCGUGUCAUGGUCUGUGGCUCUACGGGACAGCGGGGUUUUAAAGGCUGUAGCUGUGGAUGUUUUCCUUCUGGUCCUCUUCAGUCUUCAGCACAGUGUGUUGGCCUGGGCUCCAGUGAAGAGAAGCUGUCAGAACCUUCUGGGGGUUUUAAGCAGAACCAUGUACUGCUUUACUACCGCUAUAGCAAUGCAGGUAUUGAUGCGCUAUUGGCAACCGAUCACCAGCGCCCCCUGUCUGUGGUCUGUGCAAAAUACAAGCUGGGAUAUUUAUUUCCCUCUCAUCUGUUUUAUUUUACACUUUCUGUGCUGGGCGAUCAUCUGCAGUAUUUUACUGAUUUUUGACUAUCCAGAAUUACUGGGCAUCAAACAGGUGUAUUAUGAGUGUUUGGGUCUGGGUGAUCCUCUCUCUUUAAAGUCUCCACGCGCCCAGCGCCUCUUUGCUCACCUGAGACAUCCGGUCUGUGUGGAGCUGCUGGUGGUUCUCUGGCUUCUUCCGAGUUUUCCUCUGGAUCGACUCCUGCUGGCUCUUUAUCUGUCUGUUUAUCUGAUCCUCGCUCAUUCUCUGGAUACACAAGACUGCACGUAUCUCAACCGGCAGCUGCAGACCAAACUGAGACUCUUCGGUGCUCCGCUAGAAGAAAAUGAUCAGAGUAAUAACAACAUCAACAAACAGGACUGAAGAAUCAAGAAUGAGGUUUACAGUAGAGUACUAGUUUCAUUAUUUUUGUCGCUUGCAUUGCUUUGAAAUUGAUAUUUUGCUAAAAAGGGAAAGUGUUAAUAUUCAUAACAAAAAAUAUAUUUUGUUACAAAAUUACUGGUUUGUUAAAUGCAAAAAAAUUUGCUAAAAGACAUUUUUAUAGAAUUUUUAUCUAAAUUGUUGAUGAUGUGUUUUUAUACUGUUGAUAUUGUAAUGCGUCACCUGUCUCGUACCCUUACUGAAAAAAAAACAGCUAAAUCCAGCUUGGUAUUAACUAGUUUUGCUGGUCUGGCUUGUUUUUGGUCACUUUUUAAACUGGAAUUAGCUAGUCAGGCUGGAAGACCAGCUUUCCCUUACGAAAAUUAUCCAUGUUUUUUUUUUGUGGUAAAAGUGUAGUAACCAUGUUUUUUGGUGUAUUGAUUACUAUCAGCAAAACCAUGGUUUUACUACAGUAACCAUGUUUUUUUUGUUUGUUUUAACUGUAGUAAAACCAUGGUUAAUUUUCGUAAGGGUUGCCAGCCUGCGAGGACCAGCUUAAACCAGCUACUGCCAAAAUAAAACCAGCUAAAACCUGCUACCAGCUCAUGCUGGUCUUAAGCAUGUUCCCUUAUGAAAAUUAACAAUUUUUUGUAGUAAAAAUGUAGUAACCGUUUUUUUGGUGUUUUGAUUAUUAUCAGCUAAACCAUGUUUUUACUACAGUAACCAUGGUUUAACUAUGGUUAUUGAAAAUCAUGGUUUACAAAAUUUAUUUACAUUUAGUCAUUUAGCAGACGCUUUUGUCCAAAGUGAUGUAUUAUUUAUUUUGUGGUAACUAUGCUUUUACUACAGUAGCUAUGAUUUUUUUUGUUUUAACUGCAGUAAAAUAGUUAAUUUUUAUUUAAGUAAGAGUUACUGGUUUGGUAAAGCAUCUUUUAUUUGUUCAUCUUCAUCAUCCAUUUGCAGUUUCUUGAAAUGUUUUUAAAAAAUUAAUAUGGUAUGAUCUUACAUGACACAUGUAAGAGUAGUUAUAGUUAAGAACUAAACCGGGUGUCGAUCAUAUUUUACUAGUUUAAAUAUCAUUUUUGAUAUCAAGAAUAUGUAUUUAGGUACUUUUGUGAUUUUUGAAGAAGCAUUUCAACAAGCAAAAACUGAAUUGAAGAAUCUGUUAUUGAGAAAGUGUUUCAAUAUUGAAAGGGUUUGUAAUACACGGCUGUUUCUUAGUUUGCAUACUUCAUUGCACUAAAAGUAGUGAUGCAAAACUAUGCUUGUAUGUUAUAGACUACACAGUCAUUGUGUACCACAGAUCUCUUUAUUCAUUACUUUGUGUUUGCAUGCGAGUCAAUUAUUGUCAAGAUAUCAAUUCAUUACAAUUCAUUAAUAUUUCAAGCACAAAUAGUAAAACACCUCAGCCUACUGUUUUAAAAGUACUAUAGUAUGUAGUAUAGAAAUGGUGUGUAAACUGGGAUUCAGCCCAACUCUCUUUCCUCUAACAGAUGAUAAAGACCAGCAGAAAAGAGAUGCGUUCAUCAGGAAUAUUUUUAUAUCAAACCAAAUUGUGUCUUUGUCUAUUUUCAUGAUCGGUCAUUGUAUUUUUAGUCAGCUGGAGAGGAUCUGAGGAGCACAGGUCAGGAGAUUAAACUGCUUUACUCUGGUCUGACCAGACUUAUUAACAACACACACACACACACACACAACACACGCACCACACUCAAUCCCAUGAGCAGCUAUCAGAUAUAAUGGAGAAAAAAACAAAAUAUUUUCCUUGUGUCAAUAUGUUUAUCCAUUGAGAGCUUUUAAACCCGCUGUUUAAACUUUGCUGACUGUAUCAAUGUCAAUUCAAUAAUAUUUAAUGUCAAUGCUUUUAUAUUUUGAUCAUCAUGUUAAAGGUCUGUAGCACGUCUCUGAUGUGUGUUUUAGAGGAUUUGGGUUUGACAAACAGCUUGCGUUUACAUUUAUGUGUCAUAACUACUGAAAAAUGAUGUGCCUUUUUGUGUUAUGAAUACAGCUGAACAUAUGUUUACAUAACGAAUACAAAGCUGAAUGUAUUUUUUACAUCAACAGUAAACUUUGUUUAAUAAA